GAGUCAGCGCCACUCUAAGCCAACUCGGAUAAGCCUAACCCGAGUUGACCCAAAUACCCAAACCCGAUGGUCCACAUGGCCCACACGGCCUUGCUUUUCUCUAUAAAAUCCCCAAAGCCUCGUUUUUCCCACUCCUUGUUUCUCUCACCUCAUUAACUGUCCACCGCAACGAAUCAUCAUGCUCUCUGCUUCAACCUCCUCCACCGUCAACAUCCCAACCGCUCCUUCUUCAUUAUUCACCGCUCCUUAUCAUACACCGUCGUCUCGAGUCAGAUUCCGCCCUAUACACGCCUUUGCCACCACCGCUUCCUAUACUGCAACGGAGAACGAAACGACGUCGUCGUAUCUCAGCACUAGCGGUGGAUUGGCUUCGUGCUCGUCGCUCUACGAGAUCCUUGGAAUUCCAACCGGCGCUUCUUGUCAGGAGAUCAAAGCGGCGUACAGGAGACUGGCCAGGAUCUGCCACCCCGAUGUGGCGACUUUGGACCGGAAGGACUCGUCGGCCAACGAGUUCAUGAAGAUUCACGCCGCCUACUCCACCUUAUCGGAUCCCGCCAAACGGGCUGAUUACGAUCGGAAGAUUUUACGGCGGUACCGGCCGUUGACCACGGCGUCCGGAUUCUCUGGCUACGCCGGCCGGAACUGGGAGACGGAUCAGUGCUGGUAGCGAGUUCCACUCGCCCGGUUCAGUUUCGGAGGCAAACUGUUAAAUUGACCGAGAUUUAAUAAUACAGGGAAGGAGGCAGUGACAAUUUUGUACAUAUUAGAGGCUUAAACGCUCUCAAUCAAGGUUUCAUCAAAAGUCUAUGCAGGUGCAAUCAGAGCCGUCAAAUAUUAGGGAAAUCGGCCGUAGGACACUCUAAGCAACCAAUUCGGUGCCAAGUCAAAAGGCUUCAAGAACCUUGUGAAGAUAGUUAUGUAAUAUACAAAUUACAGAGGGAAAUCUUUUUUUUAUUUCCUUUUUUUUUUUUUUUUAAGUUAUGUAACUCGGUUUCUGAAUGCACUAAAGAAUUACAUAGUGGAUUAUAUGUGGAAACCCAAAAACAAAAAAAGAAAAAGAAAGCAAUAUAUAUAUAUAUUAGUUGAAGUUGUGCUA